GCUUCGCUUCAUCAUGGCCCCUGCUCGAGCUCGAUUCGAUCGCCCAAAAGAGAACAGGCAACGACGACGGCAGACAUCUUUGUUUCUUGCGGACGAGUUUCGCACUCAAAGUGGACAUUUUUCGCCCGUUUUACGCAAUCGCGAGUGUAUUUUGUGGUGGAAAAAUGCGCUGAGAGGAAAGUUUUUCGCCGGGAGGAACUUUUAAAGUGAAUUUUGGCCGUGAAAAGCGGGUUAAAAAGUGAAAAUCGUUCGGUGUUGAACGGGUCGGAAAUAUUUUCGGAUCGCUAUAUGGUUGGCCUACACGGGAGAGAGAAGGAGGGCGAUAUAGUGUGGUGAACAAUAAGUGCGAGCAGGACAGCAGCAGACGGAAAUUUUUCGCCACUUCGAGAAGGUAAUCUGCGUUGCAGAGAGUGAAAAAGAGCAAGAAAAAGGUGCAGGAGACAAACAUCAACAAAAGCGAAUCCUGUGAGGAGUGAAAGAGAAUCAUCCAACAAAGGAAAGGAAGCGCAGAAGAGGCGCAGCACCAGCUGCCGUUUAGGAUUUGGUUUUUCUUCGCCUAGACGGAGCUGGACGGAGAAUCAAGCUGGAGCAAUGUCCUCCCAUCAGGAUAUAAUGUGUGAGGUGGAGAUUUCCGAUUCCAACAUCGUCGAAGUGGUGGACGAUGGCCACUUCGGGGCAGAAAUUGGUUACGAGCAGUACGAGGUCGGUGUGGGAGAUGACCAGUACGAAGAGGUGACCUGCGAAACGGAGGACUCCCAAGGACUGAUGAUGCAUCAUAUGGACGAUGACGAAGAAAUUCUUCACCAGGAAGCGGAUAUUCAGGCUCACGAAGAAGUUCUGGAUUCGUCCGGUGAUCCAAUGUGCGUGUAUGGGGAUAUCAACCUGGAGAAUGAAAUUUACAUUGAAUCCACGCCCGGUCCUAGUUCGAGAAAGCGGAAAUCCGGUAUGAAGCAACCACGUAUCGUGAAUCGUAUCCGGACGAACGACGUUCACAAUCUGACCGCUGUCGAAACGAUGGACGUGAAUCAAAAACCAAGGCGGUGGGAACAGAAACAAGUACAAAUCAAAACCAUGGAAGGGGAAUUCAGCGUAACGAUGUGGGCAUCCGGGACGGACGACGAUGAUGGGUCCAAUCCGGAACCAGAUCCCGAUUACACGGAGUACAUGACAGGCAAAAAGAUUACGCAAGAUAUCCCCGGAAUUGACCUAUCGGAUCCCAAGCAGUUGGCCGAAUUUGCCAGACCAAGUCACAAGACGAAACUGAACAAGAUGGUCAACGUAGUCACGACAGCCGGAAUGUCAUCUAAAAUGUCCACGUCCGGAGGGGAAUCGUCGGAUCGAAACAUCGCGUGUCCCCACAAAGGUUGCAACAAAAUGUUCCGGGAUAACUCAGCCAUGCGGAAACACUUGCACACGCACGGCCCCCGGGUUCACGUCUGUGCGGAAUGUGGCAAAUCGUUUGUGGAAAGUUCCAAGUUGAAAAGGCAUCAACUGGUGCACACCGGCGAGAAACCAUUCCAGUGUACGUUCGAAGGAUGUGGCAAGCGGUUUUCGUUGGACUUUAACCUCCGGACCCAUGUGCGGAUACACACAGGAGACCGGCCGUACGUCUGUCCGUUCGAUGGCUGUAACAAAAAGUUCGCUCAAUCCACCAAUCUCAAGUCUCACAUUCUAACCCACGCCAAGGCCAAACGGAACAACAGCGGUGGCAGUGGCGGCGGAGGAAGUCGGAACAGCAACUCCAUGGCGUCACAUCCGAUGGUUAGUGUCCCGUCGCAGUCGAUGGUCAAGAUGGAAACGGUGGAAAUCUACAACGAUCCGCAGUACAUCGUCUACACCGACUAGGUGCGCUAGAGGGAAGCCCCCGCGGAUGGAGGAAUUAUCCGAGGAACACAUCUCAGGAGGAGUUUGUAGUAGGAUGUUGAAGAAUGCGUGUGGCUGCGUGUCCAACCGAAUCAAUCCCCUUUUUCCAUUGUACAUUUUUAGCUUAAAAUCCCCUCACACAGGUAGGAACUUCAUAGAUUAUCACCAUUUCUUUUAGAUCCACAUUAGAAUUACUGUCGGCAUGAAGCGGAAAAGUUUAUGAAGCACAUAAUACGAAUUGAAAACCCCGGAUUCGUUUCAUUUUUAUUCGACACUGAACUGUAAAUAGCUUGCAAAGUCGUUCCACCCCCGCAAACAAUUAAGAAGUUUGGACUCGGUUUGCGGUUUUUAGCUGUACCUCCACCUAAUGGUCUCUUCGAUUUAACCUGGAUUUAUGUUAGACUAAUCGUAGGUACCGAUAGUGCAUAAUAUCAAUCAAUUUCGGUUUUGUCGGAUGCCGCGUGUUGAUUAGAUUUUUUUUCCUGAGCUCGCGAGAAGAUUGGAAGAAGCGCAUCCGCGCAGAGUAACAAGAUUCCCAGGAAGUUUUCCGGGAAGAACUAGGAAUACAGCAAAUAACUGUCUAUUAUAUUUUUUAAAACAUUAAUGUGCAAACAAAACAAAAAUAAAUUCUGGUAGUGUAAAAAGUAGA